AUGGUCCGCGUGUUUUCUUUCGCGGGACGAAAUGAGGACGGCGACGCAGCUGCGUGGUCGUCGAUGAACCCUAAGGACAAAUGUGCGGAUCCCGUGGUGGUGGAACAAGGCUCGUGGCUCUGUAAGCCCACUAGCAGCCCUCAAGCUUGUACGCCGCUUACCGUCGGCGCGGGUAUGAUGCCACGAGGUCUGCCGACGAGACGUGGCCUGCAGGCGUUAGCGCUCGUCAUCGCUACCGCCUAUGCCACGAUUCUCCUCUAUCAAGCUAUCGCACCGCGUCAGUGGGUCGACGAGAUGAACGUGGCGGAAGUGAAUAGCCGAAAUGUGAUAGUGGAAGUGCCGGCGUCGAGAAAGUUAAUAAGCGAGGAGCUGCCGGUGACGCUGCCGGUGGCAACUGCGACUAUGGCAUCGUUCACGACGAACCUUAACGACGUGUUUAUCAGCGUGAAGACCACCAGACACUAUCAUCAUUCGCGUUUGCCGGCCAUCAUCGAUACGUGGUUCCAGUUCGCCAGAAAUCAGACCUGGUUCUUCACCGACAGAGAUGACCCUUAUUUCCAAAACCAAACCAAUGGCCACAUGAUCAACACUAAGUGUUCAUCCUCACACAAUCGGCGGGCCCUUUGUUGCAAGAUGUCGGUGGAAUUCGACAGAUUCCUUGACAGCGGUCGAAAAUGGUUCUGCCAUUUCGACGAUGAUAAUUACGUGAACGUGCCGCGCCUAUUGAAGCUUCUAGACAAUUAUAAUCCACGGGAGGAUUGGUAUCUCGGCAAACCCUCGAUUCCUGCGCCCUUGGAGAUCAUCAGGCAGGGCCCGGAGCCGCAGAAACGACCGCAAAAGGUAAAAUUUUGGUUCGCUACGGGCGGCGCCGGAUUCUGCAUCAGUCGAGCAUUGGCAUUGAAGAUGACGCCGGUGGCUGGUGGAGGAAAGUUCAUCACCAUUGGCGACAGAAUUAGGUUGCCAGAUGAUGUAACAAUGGGAUACAUCAUUGAGUAUCUUCUGAAAAAACAGCUCACUGUGGUAGAACAGUUCCAUUCACACUUGGAGCCGAUGAAGUUUCUAAGCAAGGAUACUUUUCAUGAACAGGUUUCCUUUAGUUAUUCUAAGGGACCGAGAGACGAAUGGAAUAUCCUAAAGAUAGAUGGUUUCGAUAUGAAGGAUGAUCCAAAGAGAUUCAAAUCCAUCCACUGUCAUCUGUUUCCACAUAUUCCUUAUUGCCCGCACAGAUGAUGAAGAUCGCAUACGAU